AUUAUUGUUUUUUUACCUACAUUCACUAAAGUUACCAAAAUUAGAGAAUCUAUUUCCUUGCAAUAGUGUAUUUUAAACUAUUGACGGUUUAAGCUACAUGUUUUUUGUUGAAAAAAUACUAGUUAAAACAUGAUAUAGCACUUUUUUAUAGGGCUAACAGGGAUGUGUCAGCUGGUAGGUUGGUGAAAUGUAGUCUCUGCAGGCAACAUAAGGCACGAUAAUUCAGUAUACCUCUUAACCUGAUGUCACUUGUAUCAACCUCAGCACUAGAAUACAAGAAUGUCUAAGAGGUGCUAAGGAGCAUGUUCUGCUUCAACAGUGAUAGCUUUGUGUUUUGUUUUUUUAACCUCUCUACCAUUUUGGGGUCCUAAGUCAAAAGAGUUAAACGCACAAUCCACUUCCCUACCCCACAAGAAAGUGAAGUUACAAACACGUUGUCUCCUUAGAUUCCUUUCUUUUUCUAUUAACAAUGCACUCUAUCUCUUUGAUUUCCUUACAUAUAUACUGGUGGGGACUCUCCGUUGUUCUUUUUGUCAGGAUUCUCUUCCACCCACUAUAUACCAAUGGAAAGGAAUGGAAUUACAACAAACAACCAAUUCAUUGAAAAAACAAGACACUAGAUUCUCUCUCUCCUUUGUUUUGCUUUUUGAUAUGAAUCCAGUCAUGGCUAGAAGCUCAAACAACAUGUCCUCUAAGAGACAUUUUCAUUGGACAAACAAGGUUGGAACUGAAGAAGGUGAUGCUCACACUUCAGAAUCAUUUUCUACACUCAUUCAGAAGGAGGACUUAGAGCGUGACAAGGUUAUUGAUCUCGAGGCUUCAUCAGAUGCUAGAGCCAGUACUACAAAUGCAACAAGGAAGAAACUGAGAGCAGUGGCGAUCUCAAGGCUUCGUUCAGCUCUCACUGUGUUUGGCAAGAACCGGUCCAACACGCCGUUCGGCCUCGGUUCUCGUGUAGUUGGGACGCUCUUUGGAUAUAGACGCGGGCAUGUACAUUUUGCAUUUCAGAAGGACCCAACUUCCCAAGAAGCCUUUUUGAUCGAGCUUGCAACGCCGAUCAGCGGUUUGGUUCGCGAAAUGGCAUCCGGGUCAGUGAGGAUUGCUCUGGAAUGUGACAAGGAGAAAGAAGUUGAGAAGAAAGGUUUGAGGUUGCUGGAAGAGGCUAUGUGGAGGACAUAUUGCAACGGCAAGAAGUGCGGUUUUGCCAACAGAAGAGAAUGCGGUCAAAAGGAGUGGGAUAUUCUGAAAGCUGUUGAGCCAAUUUCAAUGGGUGCUGGUGUUAUACCAGGAACAGAAGCAGGAGCAGAGGGUGAACUUAUGUACAUGAGGGCAAAAUUUGAGAGAGUUGUUGGAUCUAGAGAUUCUGAAGCUUUCUAUAUGAUGAAUCCUGACAGCAAUGGUGUUCCUGAGCUCAGCAUUUAUUUGCUUAGAGUCUAGCUUGUGAUGCAAGUUCUGUUUAUUGUACUUAGUUUUUCUUUUUCUCAUUUUGUUCUAUUGGAAUUGUGGGUGGGUUAUUCAUUGGUAUACACUACUUGCUUAGCUCUUAAGUCAUGAUGAACAUGGAGAUCUAGUUCUCUCCAGGUUUUCUCAGUGAUCUCAGCUGUUGAUCAAGAUUUGACAGAUGUAAACUGUCAGAUUUGUAUCUAACAGCUUGAGUAAGAAAUUCCAAUGAUAAGGAAUUUGGCUAUGUAGGUUCACUAUUUUUGUUAGAAUAGGCAAGUAGGCCAAGUCAGAAAGGGGUUAUAGUGGUGAGGUGGGUCAUGAAAGGUGUAUAUGUGUAAUUUUCUUAUUCCAAUCCUUUAAUUAAUGGCCAAGGACAGAGGUUAAUGCAGAUCAUGAUUGUGUUAACACAAUUUUUAUU